CCGAGCGAUGCCGGAGAUUCCCGAGAGGAGCCGAACGAGCCCGAGGGGCGGUGCCGGAGAUUCCCGAGUGAGGCGCCCGCAGCGGAUGUUCCGUCCUUGCGCCAAUCGGCGGGUUCCUCCCUUUCCGUUUCCGGCAGCGGCCGCGAGAGCAGGGCGAUGUCGGCCCAUCUGCAGUGGAUGAUCGUUCGCAAUUGCUCCAGCUUCCUCCUCAAGCGGAACAAACAGACCUACAGCACCGAGCCGAACAACCUGAAGGCCCGGAACUCCUUCCGCUACAACGGGCUGAUCCACCGCAAGACGGUCGGCGUGGAGCCCGCGGCCGACGGGAAGGGGGUCGUGGUGGUGCUGAAGAAACGGGCAGGCCAGCGCAAGCCAGCCACGUCCUACGAGAAGAUGACCAUUAACAAGAACGCCCGGGCGACGCUCAACAGCCUGCGUCACAUCAUCCGCAAGAACAACUACCGCAAGGAUCUGCGCAUGGCCGCUCUGCGCCGCGCCAGCGCCAUCCUGCGGAGCCAGAAGCCGGUGGUGGUGAAGAAGAAGAGAACCCGGGCUACCAAGACUGCGUGAAUGGCUAGCACGUCCCAAUAAAGGGUUCAAACUAG